AUGCCGCUCCCUCAGACACGGACAGUAGUCGACGCCGCAGCCGCCGCAGCAACAAGGCCCUGCGAGGCACAGGCCCGGACGUCGUGCCAGCGCUGCCACCGGCGCAAGAAGAAAUGUGACCGCUUCCUGCCCCAUUUCCUGAACGACGACCAGCAGGCGGCGGCGUACCCGAUCGCGUUUGUGCGAUCGUUGGAGGACAGGAUUCGAAAGUUGGAGGACGAUCUGGCGGCUGCGUUGAAAGAUGCGCAGGCCGCGGCUCGUCCUGACACGAUGCUCGAGGACCAGAUGAUGGAGCCGUCGGGGUCGGUGUUUCCGAUACUGCAGGCCGCCACAGAUCAAUCACCUUCCCAAGCCCGGCCAAUGACGGCCACUACGACGCUUGGUGAUGAGUUGCGAUUGCUCACGCUCGAGGCUGCGGCGGAACGGCACUUGGGGUCUGCUUCAGGGUUGUCGUUUGCCAAGUUGACGCAGGCGGUGCUCAGGAGGCUCUUGCCGGACCGCGCUGAUUUCGUCUUCCACAGAGAGCUUGAAGUCGAGUCCACAAAUCAAAUCCUGGGCGGAUCUCCAGCCGACCUGCUCGGGUCGACUUUGUACCACGGCUUUGACCGCUCGACUGCCUUUCAUCACCCCUUCUUUUCUGGUAUCACGUUAUCCGAUAUCACAGAUCCACAACCGUCCUUGGUAGACGUUCAGAUACCACCGCAGAGUCACCUACAGCACCUUGUGGACUUUUAUUUUGCGCACUCUCACACGCUGUAUCCCAUUGUGCGGCGGCGUGAGUUUGAAGAAGCGCUGGUCACGGUCCUGGAAAACCCCCAGGACCCAGCGGCGCAAUCGCCGUUGUGGAUGUUCAGGCUGUGGAUGAUACUAGCGAUAGGAUCAACCACAUACUGCUCGGUUGCCCUGUGUGAGGAGUCAGAGUCGAUGCUGUACUACAACAAGGCCCUUGGCUAUAUGGAGGAUGCUCUUGGGUACGGCGACAUGCCGUUUGCCGACGCUGAUGACGAAGACAUCACCGCCACGGGCAUUCGCCAGCGUAACCCCCUUCAACCCUCCACCAUGGCAGUCCCCCUUCACCUCCUUCGCUUGCGCCAACUGUCCAGCAAGAUUGUGAAAUCUGUCUACUCCAACAAACGAAACGCGCAAAUGUCCAUCUCUGAGCGCGAGGCCAUCAUUCACUCCCUCCAUCGCGAACUGAUCGACUGGCGCCGCAGCAUGCCCUUCCCCUUACCCGACACGCACCCGCAUGUGCCCCAUCUCAGCAGUCACUGGUACGACUUCAAUUACUACAUGCAGGUUGCCAUGCUGUACCGCCUGUCACCUCUUUUCCCAAUACUCGACCAGGCCCGCGUUGAGACGCUGGGCGAUGCCGCGGGCAAAGCGAUUCGGGAAGCCACCACGAUGCACCGACAACAGCGGCUUGCGCACAACUGGCUUAACCUGCUGGCGCUCUUCACAUCGACACUGUCGUUGACAUAUGCGACGACGGCAAGACCGGAGAAUCUGGCGGUUGUGCUGAGGGAGAGCAAAGCGAUCGAGACGCUGCAGCUGGCGAUUGAGCUGUUUAAUACGUUAAGUUUGAAAUUCCCGGCCGCCAAGAAUAUCAAAAGAAUGGUCGAGGAAAUUGUGGCUCGUUACAGGGAGAUUGACCUGCAAAUAUGA